AUAUCUAAAACUUCAUUGGAGAAAACUAUUCGUAAAGUCCUCCAAAGUAAACUUAAAUUAAUUUUUCCUGAUCAUUUCUCCCAAGACUCUAUUAAAGCUAAUAUACCGAAUCAAGCGCCUCUAAUCCAGGAAAAGAUAGAAUCUCAAAGCAAUACUUCUCCAAUUACCGAG